UCCCUACGAAGCCCCGCCCCAUCCAUGGGGCAAGGCGAGUAGGGGUUUCCAUGGUGACCGCAAACAAGGCCCCAUCUGAAGGGGCCGCUACAGAGUUGCCACUCUUGCUGCCACCAUGAUACCUCCCGCAGACUCUCUGCUCAAAUAUGACACCCCGGUGUUGGUGAGCCGGAACACAGAAAAACGGAGCCCCAAGGCUCGGCCACUGAAAGUCAGCCUCCAGCAGCCUGGACCCUCAGGUCCAGUCCCACAGCCACCCAAGACCAAGCUACCCUCGACUUCCUGUGUCCCAGAUCCUACGAAACAGGCAGAAGAAAUCUUGAAUGCCAUCUUGCCUCCAAGGGAAUGGGUGGAAGACACACAGCUAUGGAUCCAGCAGGUGUCCAGCACGCCCAGCACCAGGAUGGAUGUAGUACAUCUGCAGGAACAGCUGGACCUGAAGCUGCAGCAGAGACAGGCCAGGGAGACAGGGAUCUGCCCUGUGCGCAGGGAGCUCUACUCUCAGUGUUUCGAUGAGCUGAUCCGGGAGGUCACCAUCAACUGUGCAGAGAGGGGGCUGCUGCUGCUGCGAGUCCGGGACGAGAUCCGGAUGACCAUCGCUGCCUACCAGACUCUGUAUGAGAGCAGUGUGGCAUUUGGCAUGAGGAAGGCACUACAGGCUGAACAGGGGAAGUCAGACAUGGAGAGGAAAAUUGCAGACUUGGAGACAGAAAAGAGAGAUUUGGAGAGGCAAGUGAAUGAGCAGAAAGCAAAAUGUGAGGCCACAGAGAAGCGGGAGAGCGAGAGGCGACAGGUGGAGGAGAAAAAGCACAAUGAGGAGAUCCAGUUCCUGAAGCGGACCAAUCAGCAGCUGAAGGCCCAACUGGAAGGCAUCAUCGCACCAAAGAAGUGAUAAUUUCCACAUGGGUCUCAGCAGGCACUGUGCCCCACCAUAAGCCCAUUGUAAUAAAAAGCCAGUUUCCUGAGUGAACAA